GCGAUCGUUUCGUCGAUCGACUGAGCGAGGAUGGAGCGACGGGGCAGCGCCGAGGCCGAGAUCGCCGAGGAGCUGCCGGCGCCGGAAGCGACGCCACGACCAUUUGUCGUGCAAAUGAGCUAUGUGUACGAUGCUGUCGAGGCCAAGACGCUCACAGGUAUCAUCCAGCUACAGUACCUCGUGCGCAAGCAGCUCCGGCGACGGAGGCGAAAGCACCGUGGCUGCCGGCGGCUCGUUGUCGCUGGUCCACCCGCGGCCGGCAAAGGAACGCUCUGCGACCGCCUCGUCGCUGCAUAUGGUGUCGUCCAUCUGUCGACCGGCGACAUCUUGCGCGCCGCUGUGCGCGCCGACUCGGCGUUGGGGCGCCAAGCCCACGCCUACAUGGUGGCUGGCGAUCUCGUGCCCGACAGCCUUAUGCUCUCGCUCAUCCUCGAUCGGCUCCGAGGCGCCGACUGCGCGUCCCGCGGCUGGCUUCUCGAUGGCUUUCCGCGCACGCAAGCCCAAGCGACUGCAAUGCUCGCCGCUGGCAUAUCGCCUGACCUCUUUGUGCAGCUAACGGUACCCGACGACGAAGUCAUUUCGCGCAUCGCUGGUCGGCGCGUCGACCUCGAGACCAACAGGACGUACCACCUGACCUUUGACCCGCCGCCGCCAGAUCGCAAGGACAAGGUCGUCCAGCGCGCCGACGACACGGAAGAGACGCUCCGCAUCCGGCUCCGAACGUACCACGAGCACGCCGAGGCAGUUGUCGCGGCGUUUGCGGCCAAUGCAAUUCGCAUCGUCCACGUCGACGGAGUUUCGAGUAGCAAAGCUGCCAUCACCGCGCAGGUCCAAGCGGCGCUCGCUCCACAAGACGAGGCAAGCGUCACUCACGACAAGCCCAAGCCCAAGCUUCCCACGAUGACGACUACGCUGUCGAUGCACCCGGAACAGGCGCUGGAAGAGCGACUCCAGUCGGGGCCCAUGACAUUGGCAGCACUGGACGCGAUCAUGCAUGCGUCGUCCGCUGAGCUCGAAGCGUCGCGGGUUAAAGCCAUGGUCGACACGGCCGUCGCAAGUGUUCGCCACGCGCCCAAGGUCGUCUUUCUGGCGCCUCCGGGCAUGUCGAUCGAGCCACACGUACAGUGCAUCCGCGGCAUUGUACCCGUCGUGCAUUUGAACGCCGAGCAAACGUUGUUGAAGGCGAUCCAGCGCAAGUCGGUCUUGACCACCGAGUACCUGCAUCGCUGCGAACCAGUACCAAAGGCGGUCCUCCAAAAGCUCAUGCUCACCCGCUUGGAACGACGCGACUGCCUCACGACAGGUUGGCUUCUCGACGGCUUUCCGCACUCGAUCGAAGACGCCGAGGCGCUCAUCGCUCGGGGGCUCAUACCUCAGGUCGUGUUUGUGCUGCGCACGACGGUAGCCGACGACGAGCUAGUGCAGCGCCGCAUGGAGCGAGUGGACCUCGAGCGCUCAGCGACGUCGCUCGAGGUCGAGGAGGAGCGCAUGCGGCUGGAGCUCCUUGCGUACCACGACCAGGUCGACGACGUUCUUAUGAGUUUUGCGGACCUCGCCACAGUUGUCGUGCUCCGCGAAGAGAGCGCCCUCGAGACGAUCACGGCGACACUGGACGCUAAAGUACCAAAAAAACCUGAAAAACCGGAGAAGCCCGUCAAGCCGUCGGGCGCAAACCCGCGUGCGCGCAAGGCCAAGCGGCCGCAAGUGACGGACGCGGAUCUCGACGCCGCCAUGGCCGAGUGCAAGCAGCUGCAACUUGAAAACGAAAAGCUCAAGCGGCGCUUCCUCGAACGCAAGCCGCCGCAGCAGCACGUGCUCGACAAGAACGUCGAGCUCCAGCUGGAAGCCCUCUUGUCCGAGAAGAAGAGCUUGCGCAAAGUCACGCAGCGCCAGAAAGAAAGCAUCGACGCCAACGAGUGGCACGCGAUUCUGCAAGCGUCGUUAGACGAGCUCGACCUCGUCAAGCGGCGCGUGCAAGCGUGUAAGAAAGUGCCCACCAACCAGAGCACAAAUGACCUGACCGCCAAAGUCCAAGGUCUGCAAGCCCGAUACGAUGCGCUCCAGGACCAGUGGCGCGACUUGAACGAGCCGAAACGAGUAUCCCCGACGAGACUCUCGGCGCUCGCCAAGCUCCGAAAGCGCGAAGCCGCUCUACUCAAGACGGACGAGCAGUACUACAGCGAGAAGGCCACCCAGUUCCAACUCCAUACAAGCCAAGAAGUCCAGCGCAUGCGCAGUGAAAUCGACGCAGCCAUUGUCGCGAUGGCGGCGAUUGACACCGAGCUCCGCCAGGCUGCCCAAGAUCCCACUUCCCCAGCUCAAGCUGCCGACAUGCAAGCCGCUGCCAGAAUCCACAGCGAGCACGUCGUUGCCGCGACUGGAGAAACCUCGCACGAGUGA